AUGCCGCCCUUAGCGGCCAACAGGGUCACCCUCCGGGAGCUGGCCGACCUGGCGAUCGGCACUCCAGAGGUGGGAGCGGUGAACUUCACUGCCCUUCAUACCCUGAUAGUGGCCAUACUCAAGAGCCUCAACCUCCAACAGGUAGUGAUUGACUUCCACAACCCGUCGGCGACUGAGCCUGGCCGUUCAGCUGAGUCAAUCCGAGAUGCCAUCAGCACCCCACAAGUGUCAACCAGCAAAGAGAAGCGGCGGAGUGUGACCAAACAGUCAUCUCAGCAGACCCUGGAGAGCCAGGUGAAGGACCUGGGCAGCCAGGUCCUGGACCUCAGCAAGCAGCUUAAGAAUAUGGACAACAAAGUGCAGGGCAUUGCCACGCACGUGGAACACAUCUCCACAGGCACUGACCUCUUCCAGGAGUUCCCCAAGACGGAAGAGGAGACGGCUCUGCUAGCCCCACAUAUAUCCCCACAUAUAUCCCCACAUAUAUCCCCACAUAUAUCCCCACAGACAUCUCUGACAAAGCCCAUAAAGAUCUACGAAUCCACGGAGAUCGUGGACAAGUCUGAGCCCACAGUGGGGAUGCCCCCCGAGACGGAACCAAAGCUCAUAAAGACUCAGGAAGAUACCAGCCCAGCCAAGUCCUCGAGUGUGCUCCAAGACCUCAUAGAAGACAUGAAGAUUCUGAAAGAAGCCCACCGGAAGGUGCAGGAGUCACCUGAGCUGAACGAGCUCCUUCAGCGUGUCAAUGAACUUGAGAAGGUAGUCAAAGACCGAGAAGAAUACCUGGAUCAAUUGAAUCGGAGGCUGAAUCUUGCUCCGGGUACUGAAGAAUUCACCAUGGUCACCUGGGAGGAGCUGGAACAAGCAAUCACUGAUGGCUGGAAGGCUUCAAGAGGGAGCUCAGAUUCAUCGUCAGCAACGCUUGGCAAGCGUAAAAUGACAUUGCCAACAUCAAGCGACCUUCCAAGUGGACUGUUUCCCAAGACCCCCACUGAUGGCCAGGCUCUGGGUUUCACCGGUGGCCCAGAACAGAUGCUAGCCAGCGGUAUGGAGCGCCCCCCUGAGAGGAUUGUUAGCAGAGACCAGAGCAGAGCCAGAGAUCUGCCCUCACGGGCCCGGGAGCCAUCCCAGGUCACAUCAGAAGCAGAUCGCCAGAGGAUGAGAGAGUCUGCGGCUCCCACAGGCAAAAGAAGAGACGAACAACAGCCUGGCCCAACCCCAAAAGUCGUCCCUCCAGUCAGAGACCAGCAUGUUGGGGCACCCGCUAGUCAGGACCAAGUCUUGCCGAGGCCAGAGGAGCGUAGGAUCACACCAUUUGGCAUGGAUCAACCUCCAGAGCUCUAUCCUGGCCCUUACCCUCCAGCUGUGAUACCCCUCACUAUACCUCAGCUGGGUGUAUUACCGCCAGAGAUGGAUGACCAGGAAUUGAUGCCUCUCGCUAUGGAUCAGAGUGGUGUACUGCCACCGUCGGUACCUGACAGGGGUCAACAAAGACUGGAAAAAGCUAGUACAACUCAGCUUGCUGCAGUUCCACUCAGCAUGUAUCAACAAGCCAUGAUCCUUCCUAGAACAGACCAACCUGGCAUGGAACAGGCUGUCACGUAUGACAGUGGUGUAGGACCAUGGGACACGAGUAGACAAGGGUUGAUACCAGUUGGCAUAAAUCAGCAUGGAUUUGUAAUAUUAAGCACAAGUCAGCAAGGACUAAUCACCCCUGGUGUGGAUCAGCAGGGAUUGGUAAUACCUGGCGUAGAUCAGCGUGCAUUCCCUCCAUCUCUUCCAGAUCAAUAUGGCUUGAUGUCACCUGGUUUGAUGCAAGUUAGUACAGAUCGACAAGGCUUUGGACAGCCCAGCUUAGCAGCACCAGGCUUCACACAACCCGGAGCAGAUCAGCGUGGCUUGGUGCAGCCCAGUGUCGAUCAGCGAGGCUUGGUGCAGCCCGGUGUAGAUCAGCAUGGCUUGGUGCAGCCCGGUGUAGAUCAGCGUGGUGUUGUGAAGCCCGGUGUAGAUCAGCGUGGCUUGGUGCAGCCCGGUGUAGAUCAGCGUGGUGUAGUACAGCCCGGUGUAGAUCAGCGUGGCUUGGUGCAGCCCGGUGUAGAUCAGCGUGGUGUAGUACAGCCCGGUGUAGAUCAGCGUGGCUUGGUGCAGCCCGGUGUAGAUCAGCGUGGUGUAGUACAGCCCGGUGUAGAUCAGCGUGGCUUGGUGCAGCCCGGUGUAGAUCAGCGUGGUGUAGUACAGCCCGGUGUAGAUCAGCGUGGCUUGGUGCAGCCCGGUGUAGAUCAGCGUGGCUUGGUGCAGCCCAGUGUAGAUCAGCAUGGUGUUGUGAAGCCCGGUAUAGAUCAGCAUGGCUUGGUGCAGCCCGGUGUAGACCCGCGUGUUUUGAUGAAGACUGGGACAGAUAGACGUAGUUCAGCACCUGUUGGGGCCGAUCAGCAGAGUUCCGUGAGGGCUGAGGCAGAUAGGCGAAGUUCAGCACCUGUUGGGGCAGAACAGCGGAGCCCAGUGCAGCCUGAGACAAGUUGGCAAGGUUCAGCACAUCCUGGAACAGCUAGGCCGAGUUCAGUGCAGCCAGGGGCAGAGCAACGUGAUUUGGUACAACCUAGUGCUGAUUGGGAUGGUUUGGUACAGCCCAGCACAGACCAACAGCUGGUACCUCCUGAUACAGGCCAGCCUAGCUUGAUUCAGCCUGGUGUAUAUCCACCUGAUUUGGUACAACUUAGCACAGGACAAGGUUUAGUGCAACCUGGCACAGGUCAGCCUGUUUGGGUUCAACCGAGCACAGAUCAGCCUAGGUGGGUACAGCCUGGUGCAUUUCUGCCUGGUUUGGUACAACCUAGUGUAGAACAGCAUGGUUUGGCACAACUUGGAAUGGGUCAGCAGGGAUUGGUACAACCAGGUGCUUAUGCCCCUGGGUUGAUGCAACCUGGUACAAUUCAGGAUAGUUUGGUACAACCUAGAAUGGAUCAGAGUGCUUUUGUGCAGCCUGGUGCAGACUGGAGUUAUGCACAGCCUGGUGUAGAUCGACUCGAUAUGGCACAACCAGGUGCAGUUCAGCGUGGCCUGGUGCAACCUGGGACAUUCCCUGGUGGUUGGAUGCAACCUGAUACAUAUUCACCUGGCUUGGUCCAACCUGGUGUAGGUCAAUAUGGUUUGGUUCAGCCAAGUGUAGCACAAAGUGGUGAAGAUCAGCGUGGUUUGAUGCAACCUGUCAUAGAUCAACUCGAUUGGAUGCAACCUGGAAUAGAUCACAGUGGUUCAGUACCACCUGGUGCAGAGGAGAGCAGCUUAUCCCAACCUGGAAUGGGUCAACAGGGUUUAGCACAACCUGGCAUGGAUCAGUAUGGUUUUGUGGAACCUGGUGCAAUUCAGCAGCCUGGAGCAGUUCAGCGUGGUCUGGUGCAGCCUAGCUCACUACAGCCCAGGGUAGAUCAGCCUGGUUUGUUGCGGCCCAGGGCAGCUGGGCUUGACCAAGACACCACUGACUCCAGUACUCGUGUGUCCUUGAGCUACCCCCACCAACUCUCCUCAGGCAGUGAGGUCCAUGGCGAGCGGCAGGAGUCGCUGGAGAAAUUGGCCCCAAGUUUCCCCAUGGCGGUGGAAACAUUUCGCCUGAUGGGUGAGCUUGUUAGCCUUUAUACGGAACUGAAGGAGCACAUGAAGGAUUUGGAUGAGGAACUCUCCGGCCAGACGGACUUGGAGAAAGUCCAGUACAUCCUCUCCACGAUGGUCAAAAAGACCAUACCUCAGGACCUGCAGGAGCAGAUGAAGAGCCUGAAGUCCUUGACCAAGGAAGUGCGGAAGGACAAGGACAGACUGGAGAAGAUACAGAGGCUGAUAGAGGAUGACAGCUCUUCAGGGAAGGACAUGAAGCCCAACCAGCUGACCUUGCAGCUGGGCAUCCUCAGGGUCACGGUCUCAGAUAUCGAAAAGGAGCUGUCUGAGCUGAGGGAGAGCCAAGAGCGAGGCAAGGCCGCCAUGGAGAAUUCAGUCUCUGAAGCCUCCCUCUACUUACAGGAUCAGCUGGACAAGCUCAGGACCAUCAUUGAGAGCAUGCUGGGCUCCUCCUCCACGCUGCUGUCCCUGAGCAUAACCCCACACAAGUCCACCAACACCCUGGUGCCCGGCCAGAUCGACCCUGAGGCCACCUGCCCAGCCUGCAGUCUGGAUGUGGGCCACCAAGUCAGCCUGCUGGUCCAGCGCUAUGAGCAGCUGCAGGACAUGGUCAGCGGCCUGGCUGCCUCGAGGCCCUCCAAGAAGGCCAAGCUGCAGAGCCAGGAUGAGGAGCUGCUGGGUCACGUGCAGAGCGCCAUCCUGCAAGUCCAGGGCGACUGCGAGAAGCUCAACAUCACUACCAGCAACCUCAUUGAGGACCAUCGGCAGAAGCAGAAAGACAUUGAAGUGCUGUACCAGGGCCUAGAGAGGCUGGAGAAGGAAAAGGCUGACCGAGAUCACCUGGAGAUGGAGAUCGAUGUAAAAGCAGACAAGAGCGCUCUGGCGUCCAAAGUGAGCCGGAUCCAAUUUGACGCCACCACCGAGCAGCUGAACCACAUGAUGCAGGAACUGGUGGCCAAGAUGAGCGGACAGGAGCAGGACUGGCAGAAACUUCUGGACAAGCUCCUGGCGGAGAUGGACAGCAAGCUGGACCGCCUGGAGCUGGACCCACUGAAGCAGAUGCUGGAGGACCGCUGGAAAUCGCUGCGGCAGCAGCUCAAAGAGCGCUCUCCACUCUACCAGGCAGACGAGGCAGCUGCCAUGCGCAGGCAGCUCUUGGCUCACUUCCACUGCCUGUCCUGCGACCGUCCCUUGGAGACAUCGGUGACUGGACAAGUCCUCUCUAUGACCCCUGUAGUUCCCAGCAUGCCCGGGCACCGUUCUAUCCGGCCUUAUACUGUGUUUGAGCUAGAGCAGGUCCGACAGCAGAGCCGCAACCUGAAGUUGGGUGGCAGCUUCUCUCGGGGCGAUCUGUCCCAGAUGGAGCGGAGUGUGGGGCGCCUGCGCAGCAUGCACUCCAAGAUGCUGAUGGACAUCGAGAAGGUGCAGAUCCACUUCGGAGGCUCCGUGAAGGCCAGCAGCCAGAUGAUCCGAGAGCUGAUGCACGCUCAAUGCCUCAGCCACCCGUGCUACAAACGGGGGGUAGAUACGGCAGACUAUACCUACUCCACGGUGCCCCGGCGCUGUGGGGGCAGCCACACCCUCACCUACCCUUACCGCCGAAACCGCCCGCAGCACCUGUCCCCGCUGGAGGAGAUCCAGAUUGCCAUGAAGCAUGAUGAGGUUGAUAUCUUGGGCCUCGAUGGACACAUCUACAAGGGACGAAUGGAUACAAGGUUGCCAGGCAUCCUAGGGAAAGACGGAAUGACAAAGCACAAGUCCAAGCAGCUACAGCAGCUACAGCAGUUACAACAGCUGCAUCAGCUGCAGCAGAUGCAGCAGCUUCAGCAGGCUCAGCAGGCCCAGCAUGCCCGGCCCCACGUGCACAGACAGCCUUCCCUGGGCAACGGCGGCCUGCCACCCUCUCGGCCUCAGAGUGCCCAGAUGCUGGCUGACAGCAAUUCAGUUCCUUCAGGGCAAAAGAAAGACAGACCCGUCUCCUCUGAGGGGCGUCUCUCCCAGCCGAAUGUGGCCCACGCAUCCAUCCCUACAGAGAUGGCAAGUCUGCAGGGCGGCCCAUCUGGUCUGAAUGUCCACAUGGAUGUGCCUCCUAGGGAGGGGAUGGAGGAGCCCACCCGGGGCCCGAGGUCCACCACUGCUCACUAA